AUGACUGUAGGUUUAAGUUAUGCAGCUGUUCCCUUGUAUAGGAUUUUUUGUCAAGCAUACAGUUAUGGCGGUGCAACAUCACAAGCAGAUGCAAACGAUGAAGUUAGCAAAAUGAAGGCCAUAAAGGAUAGACCCAUUAAAGUGAGGUUUAACGCUGAUGUGGCUUCAUCUAUGCAGUGGAAUUUUAAACCACAACAAACCGACAUUACUGUUGUACCUGGAGAAACAGCAUUAGCAUUUUACACAGCUAAAAACCCUACAGACAAGCAAGUUAUAGGAAUUAGCACAUAUAAUGUGGUGCCAUUUGAGGCGGGGCAGUAUUUCAACAAGAUUCAGUGUUUCUGUUUUGAAGAACAGAUGCUCAAUCCCCAUGAAAUGGUAAAUAUGCCAGUAUUCUUCUACAUAGAUCCAGAAUUCAGUGAAGAUCCAAAAAUGGAGUAUAUUGAUGAAAUUGUAUUAUCAUACACUUUCUUUGAGGCUAAAGAGGGAUUCCAACUUCCAGUUCCCUCUUAUGCCAAAUAA